AUGCGGUUGUUGCCUGCAUCGGUGGCGGCAGUAAUUGGAAUGUUUUAUCGGUUUCUUGACGAUCCAAGUGCGAAGCUCCUGGUAGUCGAAGCCGGGGGUGACGGCCUUGAGACGAAGAGGCAUGCCGCUACUCUAAAUGGCGGCACUACGGAGGUCUUGCACGGAAGCAGGACAUAUGAGUUGCUGGAUCAGCUCGGACAGAUACAAGAUACCCAUUCCAUUUCAGCUGGCCUGGACUAUGCCGGGGUUGGGCCAGAGCUGAGUUCUUGGAAAGACUCAGGACGCGCAGAAUUUAUUGCCGUUACCGAUGCUCAAGCUCUCGAGGGGUCCAAGCUGCUCAGUGAGUUGGAGGGGAUCAGUCCCGCUCGAGAGACUGCUCAUGCAGUCUGGGGCGCUGUUGAGCUGGCCAAGACCAUGAAGAAAGACCAAGAUGUUGUUAUCUGUGUUAGCGGAAGAGGUAACAAGGAUGUGGAAAGCGUAGCGGAGGAACUGCCUAGACUUGGACCAAAGAUUGGGUGGGAUUUGAGGUUCUAA